AGUGUCCCUGCGCCCCACGGGCCAGAGCAGCAGCGAGAGCAGCUUUCCCCGCUCCCUCCCCCUCGCCUCACUCACCCCCACCCCCCCGCCGAGCGAGGAGGAGCCGGAGGAGAGGAAGAUGGCGGCGGCCGCCAGCACCCGCGGAGCCGCGGGGCCGCUUCGAGGAGCCUGAGAGACCCACAGAGGCUUCGCGGGAAGACGCGGCGGCGGAGGAUGAGCCUGCAGAGCGCGCAGUAUCUCCGAAUGUCUUAAACCAUUCUUCCUUAUGAGAAAUUGGAUGUUCUUGCAGAUAGUCAUUGUGGGAGAAAACGUUUCAUUUAAGUCCCAGAUGAGGACCGGAAACUUGAAAUCAGAGGAGCAUCUGAAAUCAAGUAAUAUUAGGCAGGCAGAAGUCCUGAAGGCUGACAUGACAGAUUCUAAGCUGGGUCCGGCUGAGGUCUGGACAUCCAGACAGGCUCUGCAGGACCUGUACCAGAAAAUGCUAGUUACUGAUUUGGAAUACGCGUUAGACAAGAAAGUAGAACAGGAUCUCUGGAAUCAUGCCUUUAAGAAUCAGAUCACAACACUACAAGGCCAGGCAAAGAAUCGAGCAAACCCGAAUCGGAGUGAAGUUCAGGCAAACCUUUCUCUGUUCCUAGAGGCAGCUAGUGGCUUCUAUACUCAGUUAUUACAAGAACUAUGUACAGUGUUUAAUGUAGAUUUACCAUGCCGUGUGAAGUCUUCCCAGUUGGGAAUUAUCAGCAAUAAACAGACGCAUACCAGCGCCAUAGUGAAGCCACAGUCUAGCUCCUGUUCCUAUAUCUGCCAGCACUGCCUCGUCCACCUUGGAGACAUUGCUCGAUACAGAAACCAGACCAGCCAGGCAGAGUCCUACUAUAGGCAUGCAGCUCAGCUUGUCCCCUCUAAUGGUCAGCCUUAUAAUCAGUUGGCUAUCUUAGCUUCUUCCAAAGGAGACCAUCUGACCACAAUUUUCUACUACUGCAGAAGCAUCGCUGUGAAGUUCCCUUUCCCAGCUGCCUCCACUAAUCUACAAAAAGCACUUUCUAAAGCACUGGAAAGCCGGGAUGAGGUGAAAACCAAAUGGGGUGUUUCUGACUUCAUCAAGGCCUUUAUUAAAUUCCACGGUCAUGUGUACCUGAGUAAGAGCUUGGAAAAGUUGAGCCCUCUUCGAGAGAAGUUGGAAGAACAGUUUAAGAGGCUGCUAUUCCAAAAAGCUUUCAACUCUCAGCAGUUAGUUCACGUCACUGUCAUUAACCUGUUUCAACUUCAUCACCUUCGUGACUUUAGCAAUGAAACGGAGCAGCAUAGUUAUAGCCAAGAUGAGCAGCUGUGUUGGACACAGUUGCUGGCCCUCUUUAUGUCUUUUCUUGGCAUCCUGUGCAAGUGUCCUCUCCAGAACAAGUCUCAGGAGGAGUCCUACAAUGCCUAUCCCCUUCCUGCAGUCAAGGUCUCCAUGGACUGGCUGAGACUCAGACCCAGGGUCUUUCAGGAAGCAGUGGUGGACGAAAGACAGUACAUUUGGCCCUGGCUAAUUUCUCUCCUAAAUAGUUUCCAUCCCCAUGAAGAGGAUCUUUCAAGUACUAAUGCUACACCACUUCCAGAGGAGUUUGAGUUACAAGGAUUCUUGGCUUUGAGACCUUCUUUCAGGAACUUAGAUUUUUCUAAAGGCCACCAGGGUAUUACAGGAGACAAAGAAGGUCAGCAACGACAAAUACGGCAGCAGCGCUUGAUCUCUAUAGGCAAAUGGAUUGCCGAUAAUCAGCCAAGGCUGAUUCAGUGUGAAAAUGAGGUAGGGAAAUUGUUGUUUAUCACAGAAAUCCCAGAGUUAAUACUGGAAGACCCCAGUGAGGCCAAAGAGAACCUCAUUCUGCAAGAACCAUCCAUGGUAGAGUCCCUGGCUGCGGACGGGAACCCAGGACUGAAAUCAGUGCUGUCCACGGGCCGUAAUCUAAGCAACAGCUGUGACCCAGGAGAGAAGCCAAUGGUCACCUUCAAAGAGAACAUUAAGCCGCGAGAAGUGAACAGAGACCAAGGAAGAAGUUUUCCUCCCAAAGAGGUGAGAAGGGACUAUAGCAAAGGAAUUACUGUAACUAAGAAUGAUGGAAAGAAGGACAACAGCAAGAGGAAAACAGAAACCAAGAAAUGCACCUUAGAAAAGUUACAGGAAACAGGAAAGCAGAGUGUGGCAGUGCAGGUAAAAUCCCAGACAGAACUAAGAAAGACUCCAGUGUCUGAAGCCAGGAAAACACCUGUAACUCAAACCCAAAGUCAAGCAAGUAACUCGCAGUUCAUCCCCAUUCAUCACCCUGGAGCCUUCCCUCCUCUUCCCAGCCGGCCAGGGUUCCCGCCCCCCACAUAUGUUAUUCCCCCUCCUGUGGCAUUUUCUAUGGGCUCAGGUUACACCUUCCCAGCUGGUGUUUCUGUCCCAGGAACCUUUCUUCAGCCUACAGCUCACUCUCCAGCAGGAAACCAGGUGCAAGCUGGGAAACAGUCCCACAUUCCUUACAGCCAGCAACGGCCCUCUGGACCAGGGCCAAUGAACCAGGGACCUCAACAACCACAGCCACCUUCCCAGCAACCCCUUACAUCUCUACCAGCUCAGCCAACAGCACAGUCUACAAACCAGUUGCAGGUUCAAGCUCUAGCUCAGCAACAAUCCCCCACAAAAGCUGUGCCGGCUUUGGGGAAAAGCCCUCCUCACCACUCUGGAUUCCAGCAGUAUCAACAGGCAGAUGCCUCCAAACAGCUGUGGAAUCCCCCUCAGGUUCAAGGCCCAUUAGGGAAAAUCAUGCCUGUGAAACAGUCCUACUACCUUCAGUCCCAAGACCCCAUAAAACUGUUUGAGCCGUCAUUGCAACCUCCUGUAAUGCAGCAGCAGCCUCUAGAGAAAAAAAUGAAGCCUUUUCCCAUGGAGCCAUAUAACCAUAAUCCCUCAGAAGUCAAGGUCCCAGAAUUCUACUGGGAUUCUUCUUACAGCAUGGCUGAUAACAGAGCUGUAAUGGCCCAGCAAGCAAACAUGGACCGCAGGGGCAAACGGUCACCAGGAGUCUUCCGUCCAGAGCAGGAUCCUGUGCCCAGGAUGCCAUUUGAGGACCCCAAGGGCUCCCCUCUGCUUCCUCCGGACCUGUUAAAGAGUCUGGCUGCCUUGGAGGAAGAGGAAGAGCUGAUUUUUUCUAACCCUCCUGAUCUUUACCCAGCUUUGCUGGGGCCUCUCGCCUCUCUUCCUGGACGGAGCCUCUUUAAAUCCUUGUUGGAGAAGCCCUCGGAGCUCAUGUCCCAUUCCUCCUCUUUCUUGUCCCUCACCGGAUUUUCUCUCAAUCAGGAAAGAUACCCAAAUAACAGCGUGUUCAAUGAGGUAUAUGGGAAAAACCUGACAACCAGCUCCAAAACAGAACUUAAUCCUUCGCUGGCCCCCCAGGAGACAUCACUGUACUCCCUCUUCGAAGGGACCCCCUGGUCUCCAUCACUUCCUGCCAGUUCAGAUCAUUCAACACCAGCCAGCCAAUCUCCUCAUUCCUCUAACCCAAGCAGCCUGCCAAGCUCCCCUCCAACACACAACCAUAAUUCUGUUCCAUUCUCCAACUUUGGACCCAUUGGAACUCCAGAUAACAGGGAUAGGAGAACUGCAGAUCGGUGGAAAACUGAUAAGCCAGCCAUGGGUGGGUUUGGCAUUGACUAUCUCUCAGCGACAUCAUCCUCUGAGAGCAGUUGGCAUCAGGCCAGCACUCCAAGUGGCACCUGGGCAGGCCAUGGCCCCUCCAUGGAGGAUUCCUCUGCUGUCCUCAUGGAAAGCCUAAAGUCUAUCUGGUCCAGUUCCAUGAUGCAUCCUGGACCUUCCGCUCUGGAGCAGCUGUUAAUGCAGCAGAAGCAGAAACAGCAGCGGGGACAAGGCACCAUGAACCCUCCACACUGAGGCCAAAGUGGCAACCCUGGGAAUGAAGGCUCCAUAAACCAUGGCAUGUUGGGUUUGCAGGACUGGCCCAUACAGUCCCCUGCAGGUGGCAGCCCUCUUUUCUGUUUCUUGCUGUUGAGAGGGUGUAAGCGUUCCACCGGCACGCUGAGUGUGCACGAAAUGUCCGCAGUGCAACAAAAAGAAAAAAUCAUCGGGAACUCUCCGUCCCCCUGGGGCCUUCCGGAGGGAGAGAGGAGCUGCUGUCUGUCUCACUCAGUUACCUGAUACCACCGCCUCUCACCUUCUCCAUCGUGCAUGUCCCCAGCCACAAGGGAAGUGAAAGCUGAGAAGGGGAGGCAGAUGGGAGAAGCCAAUGGGAACUUCUCAGUCCUUUUUUCCUCUUUGGGGAAUAAAACAGGAAUCCAUUAA